CUUGGGGCUACUCUGUACUCGAGCUCGAGGCUGGAAUAGGCCUUGGCAAACGUCAGCGCGAUACCACCAGGCAAGCUUCUGCUAGCUGAUUUGUAUUAAGUGGCACUUACUAGCAUAAUGUAACGUUGGCUAUUAUGGGAAUUGUUUUUUAUUUAAUGCCGCGUAUAGAUCCACAUAACACAGUAUAAAUAGUUUUUCGUUGUUGUACUCCAACAUUAGAUUGCUUGCUAGCUAGUUCUUUACCUCUGACAAAUUUGAGCGGCUUAAUUUGACUGCUGUCCUUAAAUUGUAUUUACAGACUAGACUACCACUACACAAUUUGGACAAGCUCUUGUCCAAAUUGCCAAAAUGCCUCCCAUAGCGCAAACUUGCAUUGUUUUUGUUUCCCAUACAUGCACUCAAAAGACCACAUUUUCAGCUUACUAGCGUUUUCAUUGGAGCGCUUUUGUAAAGCCGAGUCAAACAGGGGGACUAAAACUAAAUGCCACCCCGUGAUACCUGACCCAUCUAGCCAACUAGCUCGCUCUAUCCUGCACACACUCACAUUCUCGCCAUCUCUACUAGCUCGCUAGGCCUUGACCUAUGUGACUAUUCAAUAUUUCUACCAGCAAACAGGUUCUCUUAUCUACCAGUCAGAUAAGAGAAUCAGGAAAGGGAACAGCAGUUCAUGGAAGACAAGAAAAAGAAGAAAGAGGAUAAAAAGAAAAGGGAAUCUUCCCAGAAGGUGACUGAACAAAAAGUCAAAGUGCCCGAAUUAACCAAGGCCACCUCCACGCAGUCACUAGCCACUCCUGGCUCUGUGUCUCCCAGCCCUGGCCCCACUCCACCAUCGUCCCCCUGCCCUGCAACUGGGUUCGCUGUUCCUACGGGCGGGAACAAUGCAAACCGGGCGGCUGUGGCCAACGGACAGCCCCCCACCGGAACUCAGCGCUAUAUGCCCAGAGAGGUGCCCCCACGAUUCCGCUGUCAGCAGGACCACAAAGUGCUUCUGAAGAGAGGCCAGCCACCACUGUCCUGCAUGCUGCUGGGGGGAGGCAGCUGUAGGGGAGACACACCCCCUCUUUCACAGGGAGAUGCCCCCAGUGCAACCACAUCUGGAUCCACAGAUCCCAGUCUGGGUUCUCCUUCACCCCCCCACUCCUCACCCUCAUCUUCAGUCGCUGCUUCUUCAACUUAUGCAAAUUCCACAUGGGGGGUGGGCUCUGGCAGCCAGCCCCCUUUUCAGGGCUGGGAGAAGGUGAUAGUGGAUGGGAGUGACCUUGAAGAGUGGCCCAGCAUCGUGGGUGGGGAUAGAGUGGGUACUGAGGGAGCUGAGCUGGAUGGCCCCAACAACAGCAGUGCCUCACGGACUGACAAAUGCACCCAACAGCAUCUGAGGGCAGGAGCUGGGAGUUCAGAUAGUCCCUCCCCACCCCACUCUUCCCCCUCAUCACUCACUGAAUGUGUCCUGUCUGGUGUCGUGUGGGGCUCUUCCAGUCAGCCUGGAAUUGGAGUGGCAGCUGCAGCAACAGAGGGACUAGUGCUCAACAAUUCCAAAGUCUCCUUUCUUCCUGGGGCUCAGGAGAGCCCUCUCAGUGGAAUUCCUGGUGCCAACUUCAACCCUAAUGCCAACCCUUCAGCCUGGCCUGCCCUUGUGCAGGAUGGAACAACAGGGGUUGGUGCAGCUACCACUGAAGCUGUGCCCUCAUCCAUCACAACAUCCUUUUCUGCCAGUACCACCCAUACUCAUCCACUCUCCUUUGUGAAUCAAGCUAGCCAUCAGCACCAACUCCAUGAAAUGCCUGCCAGGGAUGGAGCACAUCUCCAUGGGGACUGGGGGGGCUUGGUGCCAGAGCUUGGAGAAGGACCAAAUCAAGGAGGCAGAGAACUUGUGGACAGUGGGGUUGUUGGAGAGAGCGGGAAUCUCUCUGCUUCGUCAUCCUCCUCCACAACCUCUUCCUCUUCAUGGCGAGCCUUGCCUCCCCCCUCUAACCUCAACACAGGUGCCUCUAAGACUGACGGGUGGGACAGAUUAAGUGGAGAUGCAGCUCAGGGGGAGGAGGCAAACGUGUGGGGCUUCGGCAGCCAAGCUGAGAAAGCUGGGUUGGCAGGAGAUGAGGCAUGGGUCAGGGGAAGUGAUGUUAGCUCAAAUACCCCAGUGGUAUCUCAGGGAGCAUGGGAUGGGGCUACAGAGGAGGGUUGGGGCGGUACACAGAGGUCGACAGGUGUCAGGGGUUCCAGCAACCCAGCAAUAGGAAGUAGCGGUGGAGGCGAGAGCAGCAGCAGCAGUGGUGGUGAUGGCGGCAUAUCCCAGGAUUCUGCCUCACCAACAUUUGCUACUAUGACAACAGCUUGGGACAAUCAGAAAGGGGUUGGUACUGUGGGGGAAUGGGCAGGUCAAGGUGGCAGAGGAAGUGGAGGCCCCUCAUGCUCUAGUGGAGGAGGGUCCAGGGCUGGGAGUCACAAUCGGCACCAGGAGCAUUCCCGCCACCGCUCCAGCAACCCACCCCCCAACCCUGAAGUGGCCUUACAGAGCAUGCUCAGCCGGUCGGACCUGGAUCCUAGGGUGUUGUCCAACACCGGAUGGGGGCAGAUCCAGGUACAGCAGAAUGUGGCCUGGGACCUGGAUACAGGAUCAGCCAGUCAAAAUAAGGGAAGUAGUUCCCCUGCAUUUCCAUCUCAAGCUGUUAAUUCUACUGGUCGAUCUUCUACUUACCCCGCAAGCAACAGCACAAUGACUGCUGGGGCCCACAUGCCUACUAUGAACACUGGUCCUGGCCCUGUACCUUCAAAGGACUGCUGGGAUGACGAGUCAAAUUGUGCUCCACCAUCCAACAUGCGGAAUUCUGAUUCCUCCAGGAUGACAGUGGAAGAUAUUAAUGGCAGCCAGGGAAAGACGAGUGGAGCCUGGGGCGACGUUGGUACUUCAGAGAGCCAUGGCAAAGGCUGGGGCAGUGAGGAGCGGGAGGGGAGAGACCGCAGAGGGGCCGGAGGAAGUAACUGGAGAGAUUUCGGAGAACGGGGUGGUGGAAGAGGGAGUGGCUGGGGAAGUGGUCAGGAGGACAAGGGGACUGCAGGGGGUUGGAAAGAGAUGGGUAGGGAGGGAGGGGGAUGGGAACAAAGAGGGGGAGGCAACUGGGCGCAGCGUGAACCCAAAACAGUCAGUGGAGGCUGGGGGGAAGGUAGGGGCAGAAGUGGAGGCAACACAAACAAGGGAUUUUGGGGUAACAUCGAUGAGGGAGGCCCACAGAGGAGUUGGGGAAGUGGAGGGGACACGGGCGGCAAACCGCACCAGGACUGGUGCAUGAAGCCGCAUUCAGCACAGAUACCAAACAGCCAAGCGGCAACACUGAAAGCCCCAAAUCAACAGCAACACCAAUCGCAGACCCAACAGCCACCAGGAGGUUUGGGCAGGUCAGGAGGUCCUCCCACCCAGAAUCAGAACCAAAGCUCGGGCUGGACUGCUGACCCCAUCCCUCAGAACCCUGUUGGGCCUGCUGAGGCCCCUGAACCAAGCGGGUGGGAGGAGCCCUCCCCUCAGUCCAUCAGCCGCAAGAUGGAGAUUGACGAUGGCACUUCAGCCUGGGGAGAUCCCACCUGCUACAACAGCAAGAAUGUGAACCUGUGGGACAAAAAUAGUGCCCCCUCUGCUCCUCCACCGACACUUCAAGGCCAAACUCAACAGGGUCCACCUACAUCUGUACAACAGCCACCACCAAGGAGACAGCCUGCGAUCCCAGCUAACCGGGACUCAAACCCUGGCAAUGCACCUGGAAUGGGCCCAGGUAUGUGGGGAGGGGGUGGCAACCUCAUUGGACAAUCUGUGGAUAAUGGCACCGCUUCCUGGGGGCAAACUUCUGCUCCACCAUCUGGCUGGGGAGACCCAGAUAACUCAAACAAAGCUGCUGGUUGGGGAAACCCCUCAUCUAAAUCUGGCUCAAAGUCAGUGCAAGAGAGCUGGGGCAAAGGAGAGGGCCCAGUUCCAGCCUCUCGACACUCCAGUUGGGAUGAGGAGGAGGACGUUGGUGGAGUUUGGAACAGCACAGGCUCACAGAUCAGCAGCAACUACAACUCUGGUGGCUGGGGGCAAGGCCCUGGGGGAAAGAGAGGCAACAGCAAGGGUGGAGGUGGAGACAAUUGGAUGAACCCAAUGACACGACAAUUCCAAAAUAUGGGACUCAUGGGCGAGGACUUGAGUCUUGAUAAAAAGUUGGAAGGAGAUAAGAGAGGGAUGAACGACUACAGCGGUGAAAUGCGGAGAGGUGGAAGAGGUGGAGGAGGCUACCGUAUGCCCAGUUCCAAAGACAUGGGGCCUGGAGACAUGGGGCCUUACAGUGACAAGAUGGGUGGUCAUGGUUUAUUUGGUGGCAGCGGUGGGAUGCCUCCGUCUCGGGGAAUGCACCAGCCUGGGAUGCAUCCCAUGAACCCCUCCCAAGGGUUACGCGGACAAGUCCCUCAUCAAUUCUUGUCUGCGCAGGUGCCGGGCCCGAUGCUAAAGCAGAUACCCUCUCCUGGCAGCAGUGUUGGAGGAGUAGGUGUCGGAGGAGGGGUGUUCCCACCUCAGCUCUCCCCACAGCAACUUGCCGUGCUUAGUAACAUUUACCCCCAUGUGCAGCAGUUCCACCUGGCUUGUCAGCUUCUUCUGCAGCAGCAACAGCAGCAGCAGCUCCUGCAGAACCAGAGGAAGUUGCCCCAGCCUAUACGCCAGCAGCCUGAUCCACAGCAGCUUGCUAGAAUCAUGGCUAUUCUGCAACAACAGAGACAGCAACAACAGGGAGUAGUGGGCGGAGGCAGUGGGAGCUCCAAACUGUCCCCGUCUCUUGGAGGGGCACCAAAACAGCCGAUGGCAGACUCGAUGCCACACCCUGGUAUGGGCGGCCCCUUGUCAGAUCUUCAUGCCAAAACACAGGGGAUGUACUCUGGGCUUGCUCCCGGAGGCAACCUGUCUGGGCUGGAGUUGGGCUCCAUGGUGGGGGGGAUGAAGGAUGGAGGAGGGCAGCAGUCCCGCUUCAAAUGGAUGAUGGAAGGUCACUCUCCGGCCCCUUCUCCCCCAGAUACAGCCCAUCACAAGAAUGGUCCUUUACCCAUGGCCAUGAAAGUUCGAGAGGGCUCCCCAUAUUCACAAUAUGAGUUGCUCGGGGUUGAUGAUUUGGGAAUGCCCCCUCAGGGCCCUUCUGACAACUGGCACCGUACCCCUGGAAGCAAGAUGGGCACCAUGGCUGGGACAUCCAGCUGGCCCCCAGAGUUCCAGCCUGGAGUGCCCUGGAAAGGCAUCCAGAGUGCUGACCCGGAGUCUGACCCUUACAUGACCCCUGGCAGUGUUCUCGGCUCCCAUGGACCCUCCAGCCUCAGUGACUCUGACCACCAGUUACUGCGAGACAACACAGGGCCAAACCCCUCCCUCAACACCUUGCUGCCUUCACCAGGUGCCUGGCCCUACAGUGCCUCAGACAGCCCCCUUGGCAAUGCACACAGCACAGCAAAGUACUCGGAGUACAAACCCAGCUGGCCCCCAGAGCCCAUCGGACACAAUAAGCCGUGGAAGACCAGUCACGUCAGUUCCCAGCUGCCACGCCCCCCUCCUGGACUGACCAGUCAGAAACAGGCCUCGACAUCCCCAUGGAGCAGUGGAGCCCCGCGUUUGGCCAGGGGCUGGGGAGAGGGCGGGGGCAGUCAGGAGUCAAGAUUUGGGACAGGCUCAGCGUGGAGUGAUGGUGUGGCCUCCAGAGGCAGCUGCUGGCUACUGCUCAGCAACCUCACCCCUCAGAUCGAUGGUUCCACACUACGGACUAUCUGUAUGCAGCACGGCCCCCUGCUGACCUUUCACCUCGGCCUGACCCAGGGCAGCGCCCUGAUUCGCUACAGCACACGUCAGGAAGCAGCCAAGGCUCAGGGUGCACUGCACAUGUGUGUUCUGGGAAACACCACAAUCCUAGCGGAAUUUGUGAGUGAGGAGGAAGUGGCUCGCUAUUUUGCACAUUCCCAGGUUGGAGGUGCGGAGGGGGCCAGCCCAGCGGCAGGGGCAGCCCAGGGCUCGUCAGGAACACGCACAGCGGUGGGCAACAGAGGGGGCUCCCCGGGGAGUGAACGAGCAGCAAUAGGAGCAGGAAACAAUUUGGGUGGGAACAGCGGGGGAGUGGUUCUGGGUAGUGUGGGGCCUUCCGGCUGGCAGAGUUUGGAUGGAACGGGCAGCUCUCCAGAGGCCACCUCAGCCCAAGGUCCUGGGCUUGGUAUUUUUGCUCAGUGGAGUGCCAACGGGGCUGGGAAAGGGGUAGGGGGUGGGGUGGGACGGGUAGAGGGAGGGAGGUCUGGGCUCUGGGGUGGUGUGACCCCAGGUUACUCCAGCAGCAGCUUGUGGGGUGCACCCCAAAUGGAGGACAGGCACCAAAUGGGCAGCCCAGCUGCCCUGUUGCCUGGUGACCUGCUGGGAGGAGGGGCUGACUCCAUCUGACACACCUUCACAUAAGAAUAUAUUUAGACACACGACAUACACUGGGAAACACAAAUACAUAUAUAAAUGACUAAAUGUAAACACAAACGCAGAAAUGUGAGACAUGCUUACACACAUUCUCAUGGCCAGACUUAAGCUAUUCUAUAAACAUAUGCAGGGACUGUUAGAUGUUUAAGGCCUUUUUCCACAGAUGAAGACUUCAACUGCUAGACUUGAACCUGAAAUUAAAGUCUGUCGGUCUGAGAGACUGGCUGGAUUGCAUUGUGCUUAGUAGGUGAUUUGAUGACAGACUUACAUACACAUGCACACACCAAAUACAAACUAGCCUUCGGACAGAUGGGCACUGUAACAGCAUUACUCGCGUCAUAUAGGAAAACUACGUGAUGCAGGACAACCUGCAGUUUCCAUUCAUGUCCCUUAUGGAGACUGAAUCAAAACACGUGCAAACACACUGCUCUGAUUGAUGACAGAACUGUGUCUUAUUGUGUAUGUUAGUGUCUGUUUUGUAUGGUUGUUUUUAUUUUGAACAGUCGAAUACUGAAAUGUAAUUGUUCCUUUCAAAUGCUGACCUCCUACUGUUUUCUCUCAAUCACGUUUGUUACUGUUACUAUGAUAAUUGUUGAAACUCUGGCAGUAUGAGGCAACAUUUCAUUUCUCAGAGAGUGGGAUACUAUGUGUGGAAUACUCAGUGUGUAUGAAUGAGACCAAGUGAUAAACCCCUGUGUGAAUGUGAGGAUAAUGUAGUGUGCAUGUUACUGCCUGUCAUGAUUAGUGUGUGUGAGGCUGCUUACAGAAGGUCUAUAAAUCUGUUUUGAGUGCAUUGGUAUACUGCUGACUGUGUGUUCAAGAACAUUGGCACUAAUGCUUAGUUUUAUUUUCUCAUUUUAAUAUUAUUUUUGCAGACUGUCUUUUUUUAUUGUCCGAACUGCAAUAAUAAACAUUUUAAUUUUAAUGACAAAGAGCUGAAGGCAUAUGUAUUGAAAAAAGGACAUGCCAAAUCUUAUCAAACUGUGGAGUGGUGGGGGGUUGUUUACAAGACACAGAAAAGAGUUACCGUGUGUUUAUGUUUUGUGUAUCGUUUUAAAUUAAGACAGGCUUUAACACUCCUGUUCAGUGUUUCGUUUUGAGAUUUUACAAAGAAAUUUAUUUAAAAAGAGAACAAGAUUAAUAAUAAAGAUUAAAGUAUUGG